CUCUACUGCGCAUGGCACGUUGCGUGCUUCCCCCCAGCAACCGGGCAGGCGGCGGCGCGGCCGUAAACUGAGGAGGCGGAGCUGAGCCGGUCGGUGCUGCUCUCUCACUCCGGAUCAGGCAUCCACCAGGGGUCUUGGAACGAUCCGAUCCCCCUCGGAUAAGGGAGACUGCCAUAUGGUGACAAUCUCUGAAGCAUUUAGCACAGAUCCUGGCAUAUAGUUUAAAUUUUUGAGAUUGAAGUAGGUCAACACAUUAGGAACUCAUGUCUUUUCUUGUAAGUAAACCAGAGCGAAUUAGGCGGUGGGUCUCGGAAAAGUUCAUUGUUGAGGGCUUAAGAGAUUUGGAACUAUUCGGAGAGCAGCCUCCGGGUGACACUCGGAGAAAAACCAAUGAGGCAAGCUCAGAGUCGAUCGCAUCCUUCUCUAAACAGGAGAUCAUGAGUAGCUUUCUGCCAGAGGGAGGGUGUUAUGAGCUACUCACCAUUAUAGGAAAAGGAUUUGAGGAUCUAAUGACAGUGAAUCUAGCGAGGUACAAACCAACGGGAGAGUAUGUGACAGUACGAAGGAUUAACCUGGAAGCUUGUUCCAAUGAGAUGGUGACAUUCCUGCAGGGGGAACUUCAUGUCUCUAAACUCUUCAGCCAUCCCAACAUCCUGCCAUAUCGAGCCACCUUUAUUGCAGACAAUGAGCUGUGGGUUGUCACAUCAUUCGUGGCAUAUGGUUCUGCAAAGGAUCUCAUCUGCACCCACUUCAUGGACGGCAUGAGUGAGCUGGCGAUCGCUUACAUCCUGCAGGGGGUGCUCAAAGCCCUCGACUACAUCCACCACAUGGGCUAUGUGCACAGGAGCGUCAAAGCCUCCCACAUUCUCAUCUCCGCCGACGGGAAGGUCUACUUGUCCGGGCUGCGCAGCAACCUCAGCAUGAUCAGCCACGGGCAGCGCCAGCGUGUGGUCCACGACUUCCCGAAGUACAGCAUCAAGGUUCUACCUUGGCUCAGCCCGGAGGUCCUCCAGCAGAAUCUUCAGGGUUAUGAUGCCAAGUCUGACAUCUACAGUGUGGGAAUCACAGCCUGUGAACUGGCCAAUGGACACGUCCCCUUUAAGGAUAUGCCUGCCACCCAGAUGCUGCUAGAGAAACUGAACGGCACGGUGCCCUGCCUGCUGGACACCAGCACCAUCCCUGCCGAGGAGCUGACCAUGAGCACGUCGCGCUCAGCAGCCAACUCUGGCCUCGGGGAGAGCCUGGCCACCAGCACCCCCAGGACCUCCAAUGGCGACUCACCUUCCCACCCCUAUCACCGCACCUUUUCCCCCCACUUCCACCACUUUGUGGAGCAGUGCCUUCAGCGCAACCCCGACAUAAGACCAAGUGCCAGCACCCUCCUGAACCAUUCUUUCUUCAAGCAGAUCAAGCGACGUGCCUCAGAGGCUUUGCCCGAGUUGCUUCGUCCUGUCACCCCCAUCACCAAUUUCGAGGGCAGCCAGACUCAGGACCACAGUGGACUCUUCGGCCUGGUGACAAACCUGGAGGAGCUGGAGGUGGACGACUGGGAGUUCUGAGCCUCGAAGAACGUGACCCUGUCAGCCCAGGGCGUGUGAGCCUCCAGGGCCCUCCUGGGGGCCGGCCACGGUCCCGCGGGUCGGGUCGGGUAGGAAGGACAUUUCCGCCAGGAGAGUCGGCUGCUUACUGACUGGGAACGAAAUUCCCGGAGAGAGACUCUUCUUUCUUGCUCCCAGCCUUCUGAGACACGCGGGGAUCCCGCCACCAGGGGCCGGGAGAGGCUGGCCUGCCGCCUUCCCAGCCCUCCGGAGGAAGAGACGCUGUUCCGGCCCCGGCAGCCCGAGUCCAAGCCCAGGGUUUGGCUUAUCAACCCAGGGAACUGUGCGCCCUCCUCGCCCCACUCCUGCUGUCCUGCCGGCCUGACGCCAUUCAUGUCUUCUCAGAUCCUGUAGGUCCAAGAGGGGCAAGCAAUAAGCAACCUAUCCCCCCACACACGCUGCUGCGCCCUAAGAACUGAAGAGGAGGGUAUUUUCCCUGUUUAAGCUCCAGGCUAAGGCUGUCCUCAUCCCUUUUACCACGAGGACCCUGACACCCAAAACCACCCCACAGUUCUGUGCAGCUCGUUCCUUCCCCACCGAGAGCCCGUCUCCUGCCACUUCCUUUGGUGCUGUCUCCACUGGCCAUAAUGUCUUGCCUUGCCUGAGGGCUUCUGUCUUACGCUGUUAGUUUCAUAGCCAGAACAAAUUAAAAUUUUCAGAGACUGCAUUGGAGGGUGGCGUUGUUUC